AAACACUAGAAUAAAAUGCUCUGUUUACAAUCCUCUCUCUUUCUUUCCUUCUUUUGUCCUUCAAAUCCUCUCAGUAAUUCCCUUCUUCUCCAAUUUUCCUUCCAUAAUUUCUCUCUUGAAUUCAUACAUAUACAUUUAUACAUAUAUAUGUAUAUAUCUGUUCAUGUAUGUCUCCGUUUCUCAAAUUCCUUCAAUCUCAAUUGUUCCUUCAUAGACACUGUACAUAAAUCUAUAUUAUUCUGCUAAACCCAUCAAAGAUUCGAUUGUUCAGCCAUGAAUCUUCUCUUGAUUCUACUGAUUUUCCUCCUCCUUCACAUACAAUCCCUCUGUUCAUACCCUACUCCAUUGAACUGUACGGACACUUCUCGCUUGUGCACAUCGUUUUUGGCUUUCAAGCCUAAUCCCAAUCAAACCCUCGCUGUGAUUCAGAGCAUGUUCGAUGUGUUCCCCGAAGACGUGACCGUCGAAGGCAACGGCCGGGACUACUUGUUCAUAAGGAAGAACUGUUCGUGUGCUAUGAAUAUAGAGAAGUACUUGACCAACACUACGUUCACUGUGAGAGAAAAUGGUGGAUCUGUGUAUGAUAUGGUGAUUGACUCCUAUGAUGGGUUGGCUUUUUUGCCCAAUUCGACUCGGCCCGCGAGAGUUGGGGCUGUGGUGUCAUUGCAGUUGUUCUGUGGUUGUUCGAGCAGGUUGUGGAAUUAUUUGAUGAGUUAUGUGAUGAGAGAUGGGGAUAGUAUCCAAUCAUUGGCGAGUCGGUUUGGGGUUAGCAUGGAUAGUAUUGAAGCUGUGAAUGGAAUUGAUAACCCUGACAAUGUCUCUGUUGGUGCACUAUACUAUAUACCAUUGAAUUCAGUUCCUGGUGAUCCUUAUCUUGUAGAGAAUGAUGUUCCCUCAGCUCCUGUUCCAGCACCAUCUGAUGACCACAUUGCAGCAAGUCAGGUGAUUCAUAAGGCUCACGUGCCAUAUGGGUGGAUCAUAGGGAGCUUGGGGAUUUGCCUCGCUAUAGUUGUUGUAAUUGUACUUGUUUUUGUUUCCUUAAGGUCAUCAAGCUGCUUUGCUGAAACCCAAGGAAUUCAUACAAAAGAUCCUGAUGCAAAAAUUUCUCAUAAAUUCCAUAUCCUCCAGACCACAAACUUCUGUUGUGCUUCAGGGAGGGACAUUUGCUGCAAUUCUGGGGAUGGGAAGCAGACUAAUGGAGAGUCUAGUGACCGCCAGAUAAACAUUCCUAAAGCUACAGGGACUGAUGUCUUUGACAUGGAGAAGCCUGUCAUUUUCACCUAUGAAGAAAUUCUCUCUUCUAGUGAUGGUUUUUCCGACUCCAAUCUUAUUGGGCAUGGAACGUAUGGUACUGUGUACUACGGCCUCCUUCGUGACCAGGAAGUUGCGAUCAAAAGAAUGACUGCUACAAAAACUAAAGAAUUUAUUGCAGAGAUGAAACUUCUUUGCAAGGUUCACCAUACAAAUUUGGUAGAAUUGAUUGGUUACGCGGCUAGUGAUGAUGAACUCUUCCUGAUAUAUGAAUAUGCGCAGAAGGGUUCACUUAGAAGCCAUUUGCAUGAUCCCCACAACAAAGGUCACACGUCACUCUCUUGGAUCAUGAGGGUUCAGGUUGCACUUGAUGCUGCUAGAGGUCUUGAAUAUAUACAUGAGCACACUAAAAGCCAUUAUGUGCAUCGAGAUAUCAAGACAAGCAACAUCUUACUUGAUGGUGGCUUUAGAGCCAAGAUUUCAGAUUUUGGAUUGGCAAAACUUGUUGGAAAAACUAGUGAUGGAGAAGCUUCGACUACAAGAGUUGUUGGAACUUUUGGUUAUUUGGCUCCAGAAUACUUGAGGGAUGGCCUGGCCACAAAGAAGAGUGAUGUAUAUGCAUUUGGUGCUGUUCUUUUCGAAAUAAUAUCAGGAAAGGAGGCCAUUACACGAACUGAAGGCAGUAUGAUGAAAAAUCCUGAAAGGCGAUCACUGGUAUCCAUUAUGCUAGCAGCUAUCAGGAAUUCACCGGACUCCCUUAGUAUGUCUAGCAUGAAAGAUCACAUUGAUCCUAAUUUGAUGGAUUUGUAUCCCCAUGACUGUCUUUUUAAGAUGGCAUUACUGGCUAAGCAAUGCGUUGAGGAUGAUCCCAUUUUGCGACCAGACAUGAAACAAGUUGUGAUUUCUCUUUCACAGAUCCUUUUGUCCUCUGUGGAGUGGGAAGCAACUCUUGCUGGGAACAGCCAAAUAUUCAGUGGUCUUGUUCAAGGAAGGUAGUAGAUGAUAGAAACUCCUCAUGUGUAUUCCAAUAUUGUGUUUAUAAUAUAGCACUUGUAGUCCACUGAAGUAUUAAUAUCAGUGGUGGUUUAUGCAUGUCAUCUAUCCCUUUUCCCCCUUCCCUUUUAGGUGAUUGUAUUCUUUUGAAACUUGCUUUGCUUGUGAAAGUUUUGAUGGAAUGUGAGAUGUGAUGAUGGAGCUGAAAUCGGCUUUCGUUUUUUUUAAA